AUGUCAUUAAGAAUUAUUCCAUCAGAUUCAAGAGAAUCACAAGUUUCAUCAACUCAUUUUAAUGAUGCAUCAAAAAAUACACCAUCACUUUCAGAAACUAUACAUAAUCAAGCAGGUCCUCAAAACAUUGCUUCUAAAAUAAAUAAUUUACAUCCAUUACAAUCCCGUAUAAGUAAUUGGGAUCAAACUCAACAUGAAACAAGAUUAGAAACAUAUAGAAGAUUAUUUGGUGCAGGUGAACCAAUAAAAAGAACAAUGGAAUUAUCAAUAGUUGAAGCAACUGAUUUUAAACCUGAAUUAUUAGGUGGGUCCGAUUCAUUACAUAAAGAUAUAUUAUUAGGAAAAGAUUCAAGUUUAGAUUGGAAUGAUGUUUAUCCAGAUGGAUUUUAUAAUAAUGGACUUAAUUCAAUGGAUAUGCAUAAUGAAAUAGAGAAAAGAUUAGGUAUAUAA